GCCACACGUCGAUGCACGACAAUGACGAUUAUCUCAAGUUUCAGCUGCCUCCAUCCUUCGGCAUCUGGUGCGACACUUUCUUGCGGAGCAAGCAGCCAGUCACUGCGAAGGUCAAAACGCACAUCAUUUCUCAUCUCUUCAAGGCUUGCUACAAGAUGACUCCAUGUCCAACACCAAGGCUGUACAACAAAGUACUUGACUCGCUCGUGGCAAAGUACCCACAUGUGAUGGAAGGAAAGUACAACAGGCGCCGCUGGUUGAUCGCCCUGAGGAGCAGGUUCAAAAGCGAACGCGAGAACCUCACGGGGGCUUCAGCUCCUGCAGUCGAAGCACAGGAAACGUCUGGACUCGACCUUUCACAACCUGAUGCUGACUAUGCAUGCACCUACACUCACACACAGCAUGCGAAGACACAAUUGAGUUCAUCGGCCUAUUCGCCUGGUUGCGAGGACAAGUCAGUUCACGAGGAACAUCUCGGCGAGUUCACAAAUUCAUCUGGUCAUGGUGCUGAGACCUAUGUAGCCGGCCAUUCAGACACCUUGCCCUUGGAUUCCAUGUGUCGUGUGUCAGACCCAGUGGAAUGUCUGGAAUCUGAGGAGGAUGAGGAAUCGAUGGAUUGUCCAAACCAUUCCGACGGCUUGCUGGAGGACGAGACCGUGUCCAGCCUGCUUCGAAGCUGCUCUGACGAAAAAGCGUCAGAGGCACUGAUGGCACAGCAAGAGAAGCCUUCAAAAAGUAAACCAACCACAGUAGUGGUGAGCAGUGUGUUUCAUAAAAAUCUACCUGUGUCUAAUGGCAAGGCGAAGACGUUAAAGGUAGUUCUGAAGAACUGCGGGGAGCUGGAAAAAAAUUCUGAGGGAAACAGGAAUGGUCUCCCCCUUCAGGACAGAGCUUCACGGGCCACUGUUCUGCCAGGCACUUUACGAGGGCGCAGCAGUUCAACGGACUCCUCUGAAAGUGGAAAACAAAAUGAGAAUUUUUCGUUUCAGUUUGAAGGCUUGCCAAAGUAUAUUCGAAAGGCUCUCAAGGCCCAAAGGCCACUUCCCUCUGCUGAAAGAAGGGCUCUGGUACGAUGCGUAGUCGAGCAGCUGACAGAAGUGUACCCCUAUCCAAGCCGAGACUUGAUUCGAGAGGUAGCCAUAACGAUUGUAGACGCCUUUCCCGAGGCCCUCAAGGACCGUGAUCUGGAUGGUGAAAUGCUUGGAAAAGGACACAACUCCUUUUUUCAGCAACUAAAAUGCCGUGCCGAUACCAUCGCUCUGGGAAGACUCUCACCAGACACUUCACCGGGAUUCAGUGGAUCAAUGCAUUUGCAUGAAAGUGAAGGACAAUAUGGGAAUGUUUCGUUUUACCUUGAAUACCUGCCCGAGCAUAUUAGAAGCUCUCUUAAGGUCGAGAGGCCACUUCCACAUAGAGAAAGAAGAGCUUUGGUACGGUGUGUCGUUGAGAAACUGACCACAAUGUGCGCCAGGCCCAGGCGGGACUUGCUUCGAGGGGCAGCCACAACAGUGGUGCGGGCCUUUCCCGACGCCCUUGAAGACCGCGGUUUGGACGGCAGUGUGCUUGGAAGGGGAUACGACUCUUUUUUCCACCAACUGGAAUGCCGGGCUGAAAACAUCCGUAGAAGAGAAAGAGGUGCCGCCGCUCCAGUUGCGCAGAGAGGCAGUAGAAAAACAGUGAAGAAUACAUUUGGCUGUGUUAACUGGCAGCCUGUGCGGAACUCGGAGCCACCGGAGGACAUUGAAGACAGGAUUCAAUUUCUAAAGCAAGAGGGGAAGAAAAGCCUGGAAGAGAUCGACAUGCCACUUUGUGUUGACUACAUGGAGGAAACAUAUCCGGAACUGAGGAGUUUCAUAAACGCCGAUCCUGCUCCCGGAAUUUCUGAGGUGAAGGAUCAAUGGCCAAUGCUUUUUCACAGGCCAUUCUUCUACAGGCACGGGAACGAGCUCCUUGCCAAGAAUGUAAAGGCAAUAUUUGAUCAAAAAGUGUCAACAUAUGCACCACCACUAAUCCAGUACUUGGAGUCAGUCCCCAAGAAAGAAGUCAUGUACAGGUUGAUGAUCAUGCGUGAGGCAGCAAAAAAAGGCAACACGAAAGCAGCGGAGGAAGCUGUGGUGCCCCUUCUGUGCACAUAUUUCAAAGAAGAUGAAAGGCAUCUAUUCCAGGUCCUGGAAGAAGGAAAGGACAUUGCGGAAAUGCUCCAUGAGCUGCCAUGCACCCCAACUAUUGUUGCACUUGGAGGCAUUUUCCAAAAGAAAUGUUUUGUGGCCUGCGAACGCGAGAUUCUUUUUACCGAACCUGUAGACUUCUCGGAGGCAACCUGCCUUUUGCUUCUGAGCUACUACGUUUUCAACUUGGCAUAUGCAGACCCUGUUGCCACAACGCUGGAAUUUCUUCAAAGGGAGAUGUUCACUGUCAACCCGCUUAGAGGCAGCAAAUGCAGCAACGGACGAAAGUCAAGGACGUCCGUGAGCAAUAAGAUAAUGAGACUGAUGCAACACUUGCGAUGAAGGACUGCAGUUGUGAGCCCGAGUGUGAUCAAUCAAGUAAAAAUAAAUGCCCAACUGUUCAUUUUCAGAGUGGCAGGAUGUUGACUACUUGUCUGGAAAGAAUUGAUGCUUCCUUCCGCAUUUAGGAAGCUCCUCACGCUUUUAGGAAGCACAGUGGAUCCUACAAAACUCACUGAGAUAUAUUAGGUUGUCUUAUUAAGGUGAAAGCCCUACAUGCCUAUGUAGCAUUCAUGUAAGAUGUAUACAACCCUGUACAUUGCCCCCGUCUAAACGUACAGACAUUAUACAAGGAAGUGUCCGUUUUUUGAUACCCAGUUUACAUGUUAUAACUGAACAGUACAAUGUAUGUAUUCUUGGGAUUGUAACACAAUUUUCCGGCAAUGAAGCCAACUUUAUCGUUUCUAAGAGGUUCCUUUCACAAGCACUGCACUUUAAUUCUGGAAUACACACCUGUCUCUUCAUAAAAAGCAGAACAAACUUAUGUUCAGUUCGUUUCAUAUAAUUUAACGUUUCGAAGUUACGUGGAACUAUCUGGCAACAUUUUUCAUUCUAGUUUGUACCAACCUUAAGUGCUUAGUGCACAUUUAUGAAAAACGGUUGUUUUGGGCUUUUGUACGAUAGAGGGAAUAUUUAAGUAGAUUUUCUUUUUUA